AUGAUGUCUGGUGUCCGUUCUUCGUCCACAACACCGACGACGACGACCACAGCCAUGUCCGGCCACCUUGUCCACCCUAACGCUGAGCUCCUUCAGUCGGCCACCAAAGGCUUCAACUUACUCUUCUCAAACAACCUCGUCGGUGCACGUCAGGACUUUGCAGCAAAUGAGGACCCAUUUCACAUCCUCGGCCAGGGCGUAUGCGCGUUUCUUGAGGCGGCUUUGGGUAUGGAGUCGGGCCUAAUGGCAGAAGCAUCUCGCAUGCUGGCCUUGUCUGAAGCUGGCACGCGGAAGCAGAUGAAGGCACCGAAGAAAAAGUACAACACACGGUUCCCUCAGGGCUUGGAGUGGGAGAUUCUUAAUGCGGAUGUGGUUGUGUUGUUGGGGAUGACUCAUGCUUUGAGGUGCGUGAAUGGAACUCGCUAG